UUUUGAAGAAAUAGAUCAGUAUUCAAAUGAAUUGCAAAAUUACCCUAAAGUUAUUGAAAAGUUUGAAAAUUACCAUGGUUUAACUUUAACGACACUACUUGCUUACAAAGUGGGAAUUGCUAUGUAUUGCAAUAUAAAUCCUAAAUCAUCAGAUUCUAUUGAUCAAGAAACAAAGAUAUCACGUCAGGAUGCAAAAGAGUUAUGUAUAACAUUUCCAAGAAUGGUACCAUGUUUUGAUGAUCAAGAACAAGACAAAUAUAAGGUUUCCCGAAUUAAAGCUUGUUCAGUUGAAGAUAAUGAGUUUGUCACCUUUGAUCCACCAUUGGUUUAUUCUGGCCUUUUUGGUUACCAUUUGGUUCCGUUGGAAUGCGAAACCAUCAUCUUGACUGGAAGCGAAUAUGACGCGAUGGCUGUUUAUCAAGAUGUUCAAAUACCUGCCACAUGUCUUCCUAAUCAUGGAUACCAAUUGCCAAUAGAAAUUCUUCCUUUGCUGGAAAGAUUUUCCAAAAUAUAUAUUUGGCUCAAUGAUGAUGUUCAAGGUCAAGAUGCUGCAGAGAAAUUUGCUCAAAAACUGGGAAUUGAUAGGUGUCUGAUUGUAAAUACAAGAUGUAAUGAUUUUUAUGGACCAAUCAAUGCAAGUCAAGCUUUAGCUAUGGGAAAGAACUUGAAAGAAAUUUUAUCACUAGCCAAGCCAUUACAGCAUGAACAAAUUGUAAAUUUUGACAAUCUCAAAGAAGCUGUAUAUAGAGAAGUUAUUAACCCGGGCCAAGUUUGUGGAAUCUCUUCAAAAGAUUUGCCCGCAUUGACACAAAUUUUGAAAGGACAUAGACCUGGUGAAUUGACAAUUUUUACAGGUCCCACAGGAUCCGGUAAAACUACUAUUUUAAGCCAACUCUCUCUAGAUUAUUGUAAAUCAGGUGUGAGCACAUUAUGGGGAAGUUUUGAAAUACCUAAUGUGCGUUUAGCGAAAAAAAUGCUAACACAAUUCGCAG